UAGGUGUGAUUUUCUAAUCCUACUAUGAGCUUUGCUUGUGAAGAUGGUACAGUUGGCCAGAUCACUCCUCUCGAGGCACCUGUUUAACUUGCACACAGUCGUUUCUCAUCGCGAAACCAAGAAUAACAAGUUGUUUUGUCUAGAUAUUUUCUCUGGUGUAACGUUAGGAUGUUUUGCAUGCUGAUGAUUGUGUGCGAAACCAAUUGUGGAUGAGAAGUGGUUUGAUUAGUUGAGAAGACAUGCAGACACAUGAGUUACUGUGAAUCCGUGUGAACUGAUUUCUUCUCGGUCAGAGAGUCCGUUGAAAGCAGCCAGCAACAUUAGCUGCGGCGUUACACAAAGUUUGUUUCUCGCGUCAGUAAAAUUAUAAGUCUAUGCUCGCCAUUCAUGUGUACACUCUGUUGAAUUCGCUUUUCAGCGGGAAGAACUCCAACGAUAAAUACCACUGCAAUAGUCCCAUUCAAAAUGGAUUCACAACACAAAAACUUGUGCACACGGUUGAAGGGUCUGUUAUCGAACUACUACACAAGAUUUGAAGAAACGGUUGAGAACUGCUCUUUCGAUGGAAAGAAGUUUAUCGUGAAAUUUUCUGUGGAGAAACUAGUCGAGUUGGAGCAUUAUUAUGAUAGCUACGUGCUUUAUCUGCGCGUACGUCAUACCGCUCUGAAGCUGAGGAGUAUUACAUUAAGUGAUGAUUCAACAGCUCGGCCAAAUACUCGAACACAUUCUGACGAAAUUCCUAGGAGAACUGAAUAUUUUGCAGCAGCAGGUUGGUUUGUUACUCAUCCUUACUCGCCAUUUGCGUCAUCAAGCGUUUUGUUCCAAUCUGAGGAUGGACGAUAUUGUUUGAGUAUGAUCACAUCAAUGUAUAUGCACACAUUUCACCGCAUUCAUCGAAACUUUACUUAA